UCUCCCACCCUCCUCUUAAGUCGUGUCCCAACCUGCUCCAGGUGUGCUUUGCUUAUACAGUCAUGAAGGUGUUGACGUUACUGAUCCUGUCAAUGGCGCUGCUGGUGAUGGUCGCUCAUGCUGAGCCUCAACGUGGCUCUGGUGGUUCUGGUCGCGGGGGUGGAGGCCGUGAUGGCUCUCGUGGAGGCUCUGGUGGUUCUCGUGGCAGGGGUGGAGACCGUGGUGACAUUAACAGACGUCCUGGUGGCCGUAGAGAGCGUCCCUGCUCCCCGAUUGGAGAACUGUGCCAAAAAAUGGAUUUCACGAAGAGAGAGUGUUUCGAAAACGUGGAGACGAUUGUGGCCUGUACGUUAGAGACCCUGACGGACAUCGAUCUUUACCAGGUACUCCUUAACUGCACCACCGAAGAAGUGCCGGACAUCAUGGAAAGUCUAAUACCAAAUUUCCUGCGUGGACCAGGUAUAUCGUGCGAGAAUAUACGUGCAAUAAUAGAGUGCGCCGAUGAAGAAUAUGAUUUAAUAACGGAAAUUGAUGCUUGCGUUAGUGAAAACUAACUUAGGAUAUCCCCUGACGACUCAUCCUGAUGAAUUCUUUAGGGAAUUCAAAUGAAAACUGAUUUAUACUUUCUUAACGACGUCUUCUGCAAAUUCCUCUUUCGUCUCACCACCCUCUCCUUCACCCCCUCCCUCGGUGUUUAGAUAACACUUACUUCCUACUUCUUCGUCCACUUUGUCUUUACUUUUUGUUCUUGCACAUUUAGUUAUAUUCAAAAUCCACAUCUUUAAUUCUUUCAGUCAUAAAACAACUAAAAUUUACACCUCACUGUUUUUCUUGUUUGUUCAGAGCAAAUUAAGACAGACAAUAUAGCAACAGCACCACUAUCACCACCUUUUAACACUAGUAACACGAGCUCUUAACAACAAUACAAGGAAGAUAGACCACAGCAAAAUCCACAACAGCAGCAGAAAAAUCAUCGUAGUAUCACAUUUAACAACUGCAACAGCAUCAACAACAAAGGCAACAACAACAAUUGCUGUAACAGAAACAGUUACAUCAGAAGUCAUUCUUUUUUAUAUAUUAUCAGUUACCAACAAUUUCAGUUUAAGCAGCAAGAACAAUUGUAAUAAAAAGAAGACAACAACAGCGACAACAGUAUCAUAGAAAAACAUCAACAUUAACUGUUGUUGAAAAAAUAUUUGCAACAGUAGCAAUAACAACAAAGGGCUGCUUGUUGUACAUUAUACUGCUACUAUAAGAAAGCAAUGAUCUGAGGAUUUCUGCUGGCUUCACCACAGUUUUGGUUAAAUUUUAUCAGGUUUUGCCUAUAAAUCGGUCAUAUACAUUUUGGCCUAGUAAAACACAUUGGCAAA